CCGUUUAGCGCGAUUUUUUUCACGCGUUGCUCGCGUUUGAUCGCGCGGCAAACCGUGCUGUCGGUUCGACUCCUUUUGAUAAUAUCGAGCGUAACCGCGCGGUGAAGUUUAUUUCCAACUUGUUCCGCGUUACGUCGUUCGUAAUCGCGCGCUCCUUACCUCUCCUCGUUUCUCAUCGUUUCGCACAAGCUCGUUUCGUCGCGUCGUGCGCGUUUACUCGUACUUUCUCAUCCCCUUUCUCUCUCUGUCUCUUUCUCUAUCUCCUUCCUCUCUCUCUCUCUCUCAGGUCAAUUAGCGUGCAGCCCAGUUUAAUGAUCUUUCGAACGUCAUUAAACUGGCGCUCGGUCGGGGUGCACUCGAGGCGUGAACUUCGACGGGCAAGCUCGGCGUCAAGUAGCUGGAAAAUGAUACGUUCGGGACGACGGCGACAACGUAACUUCGAUGGUCGUUAAAGCACGGCUAGAAGUUAUCGGCGUGAUGUCAACAUCGUCGCGUCUGUCUUUCCUGUCCAAGCCGACGAUCUCGUAACCUAACGAAGACGCGGAAUGUCGCGACAACACGAGCAGCGGGAACGAGGCAGCCCUUAAAGGAACCGAAUCAUCCAUAAUCCCCGAGCCGAGGGCCACGUUCGGUUCGGUCCUUCCUACCCGGAUACUAACGGCACGGGACAGCUCAAAUUCCUCAAAGGAGCUGGUUAACCAUCCCACGAUCUUCCACGAAGACACACCGAUACACGGGGACGCGGUCACACGCUAUCCGUGUAUAGGUGCACGCAGGUGGACGAUCCAGGAAGGAAGUUGAAGCCGAGAGGUUGGUCGGCCGGAAGCACGAAGCGUUAACUCGCUCGCCUAAAGACACAGUCGUCGAGGUUGCUGGCCGUGGUUGCCGCAAACCAGCAUUCCACAAACUUGCGCAAUAUCCACAAACCCGUGUAGCCGCGAAAUUCUUUGGCAAAUCUUGGUGUUUGCCUAGACGCAACGCGUUCCGAGCGCUGCAUCGCGCUAGGAGCAGUUACGCGAGGCGAAACCGCGUCAUCGAGAAGCAGCCGAGCGAGAAAAAUGCAGCGGUGAAAGAGGUUGGAGAAGAGGAGGAGCGUUGCUCGGUUCCGUUAACGCUCGACGACGACGACGACGACGACAGCGACGCGGUUUGGAACGGACGAGACGUUCGCGAAACGGAGAAAACGGGCGGGACGAGGGUGUCCCGCUUCAGCCGGAAUAUUAGUCGUGUCGUUUAAUGAUCCUCGUGUUUCUCCAGCCACGAAUCGGCUCCGGUAAUAUCCUGCGACGUUUUACACAGUCCGUAUAGUUCUACCGGCUCGCUUGGCGGCGGACCCUUCUCUAUCAUGCGCUGACAUUUUUUUCCAAUUAAAAACGAACCGUUCGCGGAAAGGGACAAUGAGAUUCGUUUGACGACGGUCGUUCUCGCAAGACGCGAAAGCACGAUUCGUUAUCUGCGUUGAUGCAGACAGGUUGAGCGACGUUUUUGUUUAAAAGAGGCCGUGCGCAAGAGCGGAGCAACGAGAACGGUAAUAUUAAUGUUAUAUAUUAAGCGUCCGGGCUUUCUGCUCGGCAAAGAAAGCGCGAAAUUUCCACGCGAUUGCGCGAGUAUCAAACGGGACGAGAGCAGGAAGAGCUCGGUGUGCUCGAGUAAAGGAGCGGAACAGUGGAUGUUCCUCGAACGAUAUCUUUGCGCGCUGUCGGCUAAAAAAAGGAAGAGAGAAAGCAGAGAUUCCUGUGGAAGUGGCCUUUGACUGUGUGUGGAACAGUAGCGGCGCGACUCUGAAAGCCACUCGAGAAAGAGCCGGAACGUUCGCUUCCAUAGCCUACAGCAUUCUGGAUUUCUGAUAACGUACACAACUCGCCUAACGUCUCGCCAGGAACGUCCGCGAAACGGGGCUGUGAAUGAGGCGCCGGUGAGCAAGAAAGUCCUUUCCCGAGAGGCGUGCUAUUAACUUUACCGCCAAAGGAUAUCGUCGACCAACUCGUCUUGCAAACUCCAACAAUAUCCCAAACAGCAAACCUAUUACGCGGAGCGUUUCGACACGUGUAUCUUCCCGGUUUGUUCCCGAGACGCGUCCGCAGGAAAAGCGGCAACUCGGGAUGCUCGGUACGUUUCGAGAGGCAUAAUCUAUAGACAGACGGUCGAACAAUAGGAGCUUCGGCGUCUCGAACGAGCAACUUGCCAGAAGCCAUCGUACGAUGCACUCUCGCUCACCUUUCGAGAUCUCGAUAAAGGAUCGGAGAAACUAGGUUUCGUCGUGAUCGUUCGCGAACGAGCCUCGUUCCGCGACGAAGAGGAACGAUCGACUAUAACUGUAUACUCGUCGUUAACGAUACGACGUAUUUCGUGGCCAAACGAUUCGACCCGGAUGCAACCUACUACGUAAACUCGGCCAAUGAUCCCACUACCGGAUUGAUCUCCUUACGUGGAGAUACUUUACGGAGUAAAGUACGGAUUCGGUACUUUUCCCCGGGCAACUGAAACUUUUCUCUUUCCCUUCGGCGUUAAUCAAUUCGCGAACACCGGUCGACAACAACAAUCGUGCUACGAAUACGGCGAAAGCUUCCUUCUGUCUUCCGGAAAUAUCGAGCUGGCUUGUGCCAGGUGGAUCGUGUUUCUUCCCGCGUCAUCGACAAGUGGCGGCUCUCUCUCUCUUCGGGGAAGCUUUCAAUUUCUGGAUUGAACCCGAAGCCCGGGUUCUAGCGGUGCUCGUCGGGUUACGUUAAAUCCGAGAACGUCGGUGAAUGAGGCCAGGCGACGAGGUGGCAAUUGGCGGCAAGCUGGGCGAGAAAAGGCGACGCGGAAAAAUAUGGUACACGGGACCACGGGUCUGUGGCACGACGCGGGAUUCAACGUAUCGAGGUGGCUGAUGAUCAUAAUACACGGAUACCGGGCUACCACCCUUCUCUUAUCCAUCCUGCUUAACGUGCUGCUACGAACCGACUAUCCCACGGCGGUUACGGCUGAAAUAGUGGCAGCGAACGAAAACUCCCUGGAAACGGGCAUCACCGGAAAACCGUUAGACAUCGAUCUACCCCCCACGUUACCGAUGAGCUUCGGGACCGAAAAUUCCACCGUGAUCUCGGCCCAAACUGGAUCCACGGCGUUGCUACCCUGCCUCGUCCAUAAUCUAGGAGACGGAAUGGUGUCGUGGAUCAAACGAAAGGACGUCCAGGAACUACUGACCGUCGGUCUGAUUACGUACGCCAACGACGGACGCUUCCAGGCAACUCAUUUCCACAACAGCGAGGAUUGGACUCUUCAAAUAAAAUUCGUCCAGCCGAGGGAUGCCGGAUGGUACCAGUGCCAAGUAUCUACCCAUCCACCCACAAGUAUAUUUCUGUACCUCGAGGUUGUUGAGGCCAGAGCAGAGAUAGCCGGUGACUCGGAGAAGUUCGUGAGGCCAGGUAGCACCCUGCAGCUUCAUUGUCAGGUGAAAAACUCGACCGAAACGCCCUCCUAUCUAUUCUGGUACCACAACUUCCGGAUGAUCAACUACGAUAUCGACCAAGGGGUCAAUGUCAGUACCGAUCUGGCGGGAGGGAAAAGUUGGCUGGAGGUGUCUCGCGCGUCCGAUCGUCACUCCGGAAAUUACACCUGCAAGUCGAACAACGCUCAACCGGCCUGGGUGCUGGUGCACGUGUUCAAAGGAGAUAAUCCGGCCGCGAUGCAGCACAGCAUCGCGUCAUCACCAUCUGUCAUGGCGUGCAGCGCUUUGCUGAUGAUGUUCACCACGUUGAAGUUGGUGUUGCACUCCACCACCACGAACUGACCAUCGUGCAACACUCUCGCUCGUCAGGGACAAAAUUAAACGAGUAAUCGUAUGGUUGUGAUGAUUCUUCUUUUCUUAAAUAAAAAAAGAACUAGGUACAGUUAGUGUUGUAUACGUUGUUGGACUCUGAUUGGAUCCGUGAAUUCGUCUUCGAAAAGGGCGAGGUACGCGUUACGUCGAAACGGAAAACGAGGGGGUUGUAACGUGCCGAUUAACGAGACUGUGAACUACGGAGCCAGGAAUAAAAGAGAAAUGGUGGAAACAGGAACUAUGAUGGCAUCCCUGUUUUUCAUGGAUAUGAAAGUGUAAGUCGGAUACGUUUAUCGUGUAACGAACGAUGUCUGUGUAAAUAACGAAGCGUUCUCGGUGUAUCGUUAAGACCACGAUGCUCAAACAAUUACUUCCGAACGAUUCUGUUUAGUCGCUCGUAUCUCGAAAAAUGAUUUUAUGUUUGAUCCGGGACUCGAAAUCGAACGUACGGGAUCACGAUACAUGUCGCGCACAAGCUGGAAUUUCACGCGACACCGCCGCUCUAUUAACCGUUGUGAUACGUGUAAAUGUAAGCUAUGUGUACUAUCGCGAUCAUAGAAGCGUAAUUGUGUAAUCUGUCUGCGACGAGUGGCACGAUUAAUGGCGAUAAUCCUGUCGCGAACCGACGCAUUUUGCCGACCGAAACUUUCCAAACCGUGUUCCACCUCGUGGCGAUAACUUUAUUCGGUCGCGGUAUUAACUCUCCGUCUCUCUCUCUCUUUUCGCACUGUGAAAAUUUGUUACGUUAAUGGCAACGACCCACGAGAGAUCGCCACGGCUGUCGGGCAAACCGGGUCCGUAACUUUGUUCGGAAAAAGAGAAACGAGAAGUAUACGCUGCCGUGAUUGAGUUCGACCAGUUUUCGACGAUUACCGCGUCCGAUAUUAAAUUAAAACGUACACACGCAUCGCCGAGAUCUAAUUGAAUACCAUAAUAUUCGGCCUACAGGUGCGCGUAAUUAAUCGUGAUAAUCCCGGCGUAAUGCAGCACAGCCUAAUGACAUUAUCUUCUAUUGCCUUGCUACGCACGGACAACCUUGCUCAUAAUGUCCAAAUUAGUUCUAUCUGACGUCCACAAAAUGACCGUGCUCAGGUGUUACGUGUAUGUGUGUAGAGAAGAACCGACGUUUACGCGGGGCGCGAAGGGUCGUUGUAAAACGGCGACACCUUCGCCGGGCAUGUUUCAUGUUAAACUAUUUGCACGAAUCAAGUGAUAAUCUUCGUGUUAAUUGUAUCAUAUUAAAAAGGAUCUCGCUGACGUCGAGUUGUGCCAAUCGUGUCUCUUAUGUUCGAUGGUUUUUUUUGUACAUAUGUUUUCCGACGUCGGUCGAUCGUUGUUCGUAAAUUAUACGAGUGUUGCUGAACUUAUGGAUAUAAAUUGUGCAGAUUAAUCGUUUAUUCUUAAAUGUGUGACUUUUGCAUAAAUAAUACGUUCACCUCGUUUAAGGAUACACGCACAUUGACAAAUAACACGAUGCAUUUAACAAAGAUAUUUCAAAGAUAUUUUGUUUAGGCAAUCAGUAUUCGUAUAAAGGUAAUAAAGUAUGUUAUAGACCAACCUCGAAUCACGCGUUCAUCGAGAGUUAAUUUCAUUCGAGUCCAUUAAACUGUACAAUUUGUUUCCGUUCUGUAGUGCCCUGUACAUUAUAAAUCCUUGAUAGAGAUACGUUUCCGUUCUCCGACGAAGAACAGAAACGAUCUUCUGGACCACGAUGUUUCGCAGCGUUAGUAUUACAGCAUGUUAUCCAUUAUCCCCCAAGUAGUUACCCCACCUGUCCAUACACGUUGUCAACGAGGAUAAUCCAAUUGCGAAAAUAAUAAACCACUCGUAUUGCAGAUCGUAAUAGUGUACCGAAUCUCGAUGCGACCGGACGAAAGAUUAUCGUAAGCUGCAUCGAAGAUCAGGUACACUGAUUCGAUAACAAUUCCCCGAAAUGAAUCAAAGGUCGAUUGAUUUAUCGCGGUCAUAAAAAGAGUAAGAUUAUUUCGAGCGUGUAGCGCUCGACGAGAAAGUUUUGUUUGACGUAAAGUUAAAGGAUAAUUUAAUAUGAUGUUCGAUGAUAUUGUCACUGUCUGUUGUAUGUAUAUACCUAUAUAAAUAUGUUACGAACGUCGCACA